GAGAUCUUGCUGCUCCUGGAACAGACUAACCCAAGAGACAGUGGAUACUACCUCCUGAAGUUGUGUGAUUCUGAGGAGUACCUCAGGAAUGAGGAGGAGCUGGGUAUGCACGGGAGCAUCCAGAACUAUCAUAAGUGUUCCUGGAGUCCCUCUCAGAUUACUACAGGUUAACACACUACAGAAUCUGUUGGCAAGGGACGUUGAUGAUGACAGAGCUCCAUGUCAGCUGUACCGGCUCCUUGGCUCUGCUUGUGUCUUCAACACAUCAAGGAUAAGCCUCCAGGAGAAGCUGAGUUGCUAUAACAAGGAGGUUAACAAACUGAUGAGGAGCAAGUGUGGAAGCAAUCUUAACCUACUAGUGGAUGAGGUCCGUACCAUCAUCAACCUGCUGUGUGGGAUCUCUACUGGAGAGCUGGAAGAGGCUAUCGGCAAGCUACGGAGGAUUAAACCUGUGGCACUGGACCAUUUGGAAAUGUACGAGUGUGAGACCUCGAUCGUGAUGCUCCACCAGGCCCUGGGCAAACUGCUGCACGUUUUCUUUGACAACUUCGGCUCAGACUUCAGGGGCCAGGAUGUGUACCACAACCCUCCUGUCUGUGACGUAGACCACAGCUCCGACAUCCUCCAGCUCAACGUCGCAGCGCUCUACAGGCUACAACCCAACUGGUUAAACAGUUUUAAUUACUUCUCCAUUUCCUGUUCGCUGACGUACGGAGGGAAAGAUAUCUGUGAGACGGGCGUCUCCGAGAACAUCAGCACAGCCUUGUCGCUUGGCAACAAGAUUCAGUGUCACCGCAUGAUGGUGUUCCCAAAACAGAUCAAACAGCUACCCUAUGAGUCCAUGUUGACUAUACGUCUCCAGGGGACGAAACAGGGCAAGUCUCCUGAACUGUUACGCUGGGCCGUCCUGCCUCUAUACAGUAACAGGACCCUGGUGAGUGGUACUGUCCUGCUCAGCAUGUCUAUGCUGGUGGAGCUGUCUGAGCCUCCCUCUCCUGCCCUGUCAGACAGCCACAGCCAGGCUACCGGAGUCAUCCUGCAGUUGGAGUUCCCGGAGACGGCUGAGUGGAGGUAUGAAAGGCCCAUCUCCCUACCAGGGUCUGCCCUGAUCAGUCCUCCGUGCGAUGAGCUACACAAGAAGAUAUCAGAGGUCUCCCAGAAACACUGCCUCUGCUUUUUGUCGGAGAAUGAGAGGGCAUUACUGUGGAGUAAGAGACACUGCUGUGAUGGGAGUACCACCUUCCUGCACCUGCUGCUGGGUGGCGCCCCCCAGUGGGCUCCAGAGAACCUGACUGAGAUCUACACCAUACUAGAACACUGGACAAUAUACCACCCUGAGGAAGCACUGUUUCUACUGUCUAACAAUUUCCAUGACCAGACGGUGCGUAGAAAGCUGUGCAGCACUUUGAGCAGACUUCUGAUAGAGAACUAGAGGAAUAUCUACCUCAACUGGUACAGGCUCUGAAGAGUGAGUGGGAGUUGAAUGGACCUCUGGUGAGCUGCUGUUGGACAGGUCACUGAAGAGUAUCAGGAUAGCCCAGCAGCUCUACUGGCUGUUGGUAGAUGCCCAGGAUGACACCCAUUACCAGAGCUGGUUCAGUAAGGGGCAGGCUUCCCUGAAACACUGCUGUGGUAAAGCACUGAGGCAGGAGCUGAAGACGAAAACCCGCCUGGUAACCCUGCUCACGCAGUGGCUGAGAGCGUCCGCAUAGCUGACAAAACCGCAGAAAGGUCUGUACUGUUUGGUCAUCUGUUCACUGUCAACUAGGGAACACUUCAUUCAGUUUCUAUACCACACGAUGGACUAAAGGCUUUUGGGGUAUGCCAGUGGUUCUCAGUCCAGGGUUUCUACAGGGGUACCUGGUCUAU